AUGAACAAGUCAGCUGUAUUUCUGUUCGUUAUCCUUGCUGUACUGGUUUUCAGCAGCCAAAGUGCUCCCAUUGAAGAAGAAGAACUUCAAGAACAAGAAGGUCACGUUAUUGCUAAAAGAGCCACCUGCGACUUGCUCAGCUUCGAAAUAGCUGGAUUCAAACUGAACGACGCUGGUUGUGCCGCCAAUUGUUUGCGAUUGGGCAGAAAGGGGGGAAGUUGCAACAGUAACAAAGUUUGUGUUUGUAGAUAUUAG